AUGGUCAAAGCCAUCAGAGGAACGCUCGUCAAGUGCGAUGCUUCCAUCAAAGCCAUGCUGGUAGACAUUGACAGCAAAAACAAUAACGAAUACAUCAUCGAGGAACUUGACGAGGAGCACAUCCUUGUUAAGGAGACCAAAAUUAACGAGCUCAAGGCCCGAUUGAACCAGAUGAUGAGGGAACGCUUAAAGGAACCAGAGAGUUCAGACUCUGAAUAG